UUGAGUUUGGGAUUUGUGAUUGAAUUUUUUGGAGGUGGUAAGGUUAAGGUUACACUAUUUAUUCAAUUGUGGUUGAUGACGACGAGGGAUCUUUGUUAUUGACAUUGUCAUUUUCACCGUCAUUGUGAUUGAGAGAGAUUACAUACUUGGGAGAGUAUUUGGAGUCAGUUGGACUUCCCGUCUCAAUUGAUCUUUCAAAUACCAAAUCAUCAUUUAUAACCCACUUCAAAGGAUUACCGACGACAUCUAAGUAUCAACAUCAAGCAGGACUUGACCUAUUACUCCUUUAAUCCCUUACUUCCCCUAACGAUAUGCGCAAGUUAUGGCCACCACUAGCAGAACAGUCAACCGCCUCUGGCGAUCCCACAGCAUCCUCAGCAAUAUUCUCGCCCACCUAGACACCUCCUCGCAAUGCUCCCUCCGCCUUGUAUCCAAGGAAGUCUGCACUUCAAUAACCAGUGACGUCUUUCUCCGAACCCGUGUAACUUUUACUCCCACUUCACUCACCCGUCCUUCUCGUCUGGAAGCUCUCUCUCGAAUCGGAAAAUAUAUCCAACACCUCGUAUUCUACAUGCCGCACACCAAUGCUACAUUUUUGCCUCCUCUAUUAAGCCCCAUCACUGGUCAGGAGAUUAACUUUUUGUAUACUCCUCAUACCAGCAUGGCUUCUCACGAUGAAAGACCCAGUAAUCGACGUCCGAAAUAUGGAUGUCCAGAACUAGGUGAGAUAUUAACGCAACAAUAUCCACCACUUUUCCACGCCGCAACAAAUAUCCCCGCGUUUAUUAAAGCGCUAUCUCACACACCCAAUCUACGUCAUUUGACAAUCUCAUGUCCAAAUCAAGAUCCGGCACAGAGAUAUAGGAGAGACAUUGUGGAUUAUGCACUUAUAAGCUUACGCAUUGCUAUUGAGCGAGCACCGUUACUGAAGUUGGAGAAAUUGUCUAUUCACAUUCAUCCAUCUGGACUUCAAUAUUUGCGCCACAUGCCUGGAUUCGGAUGCACGCCAUCUGCAGGACGACGAUGGAGACAAAUACGAAAACUCAGUAUCACGAUGGAUUCCUGGGAUUUCCACAGUUUAUUACCUGGUCGCGAUCAUCUGAAGAUUCUUGAUGAUUAUAUCCGAAACUUCGCGUCGCAUUUGGAGAAAGUGAGUUUUGGAUGGCAUGGAAGGAAAGGUCCUUGCCCAUUCUCUUUAUCUAGAGAUCCACUAUUCGCACCUCCAAGAAAGACGGUGAAGUUAUUUGGAGAAGUGACUUCCCCAAUGUCGCCAUUACCAGCUGUCCCUCCAAGGUCACCGAUGGUAUUUCCAAAAUUGCGAUAUAUGCAAGUGAGGAAUGCUACCAUGUCGGAACAGCAAGUCGCAGAUUUUGUCUAUGAACAUCGUCAUACGGUGAAAGAAUUCGAUUUCGAGAAUACGUCAUUGAUUAAUGGUGGGACUUGGGAACGGGCACUGGCACCUCUGACGUCCAGGAGUAGUUCAGGAACUGAAGAAUGGCUGUCUCAGCCGAGUGGAUCUGAUGUUGAAAGUUUGCAAUAUCAAAGUGGAAGUGAUUUAUAUGACAUUGAGGAGGCGCCUGAGGUUAUUGAUACUUUGUCUGGGGUAAUGUUGGCUGAUAUGAAGGAGUCGUCGAUGACUGGUACAAAGCUUAAGAAAAAGAGGUCACAUCAUCGUAGACGAAGACGCAAGCAUAAGCAAAAGGAGAAGGGAAGGAAUGAGGACGAUAAUUAUCCUGACGAAGAGAUAAAGCUAAAGGAUUCAGCUCCAAUACCAAUAGCUGCGCCUUCAGUUGAGUUGUUACAGCCAAUGACUUUCAACCCCAACAUACAAGGUGUUCAGCGUAACUUUGAGAAGGAGGAUGCCCAACAGGAAUUGAUUGACGAUCCUGAAAAGAGGGUGAUUGCUUUGAAGAAGGCAAGAAAAGCUGUUUUGAAGCAACUUGGCAAAGAAUUUUGCAGGACUCAAGAUAUAAAAGGAGGGAAAUUGACAGCCUGGCCCAAGCCUUUGCAAUUAGGAGCUUCGUGCUCAUCGCCAAAGAAGUCCAUAGGAUUUUUCGGUCAUGACAGUAGUACCGCAUUGGUACCUUUGAUGUUUAGUCGGUACUAGCCAAGGGGCCGGGUUUGGCACUUUAUGAUUACCUUGACAUGAUUUUUAAUGAAUAAUGAAUUAUGAUAUCACUCCCAAAACUCAUGUCCAUAUUGUGAUUGCUGCUAUUGAAAUCGCCAUUUUUUUUUAUGAGCGACGGUAGAGGUGUACCUGGUACCGCAUGUUUUCCAAUGGAAUCGGGUAUCGAAGGGUUUCAGGCAAUCUAAACCACUGAGAGUCCUCGGAAUGGAUUUUCACCCAGUCAGGAAUGCUCUCUUUUCCCCUAGACUUUUGUGUUUCGAUCAGAAAAUGGUCAAGCAGAAACUUCAUUGGAUAUUUCUUCUCUUCCGUUCCAACUUUGGUCUCUGAAUAUGACCCCGGGCUAUCCACAACUAGGAGAAGCGAUCCUGUUGAAAGAACCGACGUAAUAUUCAGCAAGAAAGCAGUCGUCUUGCU